UUUUAAUUGUAUUUUCUUUUUAAAUAGAGAACUUCAGGGAUAUUUUAAUAUAGAAUUAUGGAUAUUCACAUCGUGUACUUCAAAUAUUAUUAAUAAUUAAAAAAAAGACAUCUGAUUAUUUAAAACAUCCCAUUAAUAAGACGUAUUUGAAAGAGAUUGAUAGAAUGGUAUUGUGUGUAUACGUUAUAGGUCAAUUCAGAUGUUUUCUUCUUUUUCCUUUUUUUUUACUGUAAAGUUUUAAUGGUUUUGAUGGAUCAAUAGGAAAUUCUAUUUUCUUCCUUUAGUUUCCUUUUUUUUACUGACUGUUAACUCUUAAUGGAAAUAGAAGUUAGAUGUUAACGUUAAAUAUCAACAUGUAACGUUAAUUUAAAGGUCAUUGCUUAUUCUUUGUACUUUACUGUCAUCCCUUUAGAUAUACCCUAUUUGUAUGGUACUCAUGCAGAAAAUUAAUUAUCAAAAGUAUUAACAGACUCCUUUCAAUCUUCUGUAAAAAAAACCAACCCAAUACUGUAAAUUAUUUACAUAAACUGAUCACUUAAAUAACCGAGUUUACGUACACAUCUUUUGCUUGGCGAGGAAAAUUUCAAAGCUAUACGUCAUUUCUCCCUCAGAUUUAUUAGUAGCUUUAAACUGUAAUUGAAAAAAAAAACAUAAAAGCAUUUGAAAUAUUUACAAACCGCAUUUUUACAAGAAAGAAAGGGCUAAUAAAGUCAAGGAGAUUGCUUGAAAAUAUUUAAUAAUCUCUUAUCCGCCUCAUUCACUGUCUAAAUAUACGAAUGUUUAAUACUGGUUAAAAUUAGGUAUUACUAUUGAUAAACGAGCUAAAGUUUGGCUCAUUAUUGAUUUAAUUAUAACACCGUUAUAACUGUUUUUUACAUCGCGAUUUUUCUUAAAACAGGUAUCGACACACAGCUAAAAUUUACUUUAGAGCCUAUACCAGGAAGCGAUGACACAUUUCCGCAGUGGCUCGAUGCUAUGCGUGGUGUAUGUCGGUUACCCUGUGGAAUACCAGCCGAGUUUCGGAAGAAGGUUUGGCUAGCGCUGGCUGACAAGCACUUAGCAGAAUUAAAAUUGGAUUGGGAUAAGACAAAAAAAUUUGCUUUUAAUGAACGUUCAAAUCCAGAUGAUAAUAAAUUAGGAGUACAAAUUGUAAAGGACUUACAUAGAACCGGAUGCAGUGGGUUCAGCGGUCAAGAUAAUGAUCAUGAAAGAGCAAUGCUAAAGCGGGUGUUGUUGGCUUAUGCAAGAUGGAAUAAAAGAGUUGGUUACUGCCAGGGGUUUAAUGUUUUGGCUGCGUUGAUUUUAGAAGUUGUUGAAAGGAAAGAGGAUGAUGCCCUUAAGAUAAUGAUAUAUGUCAUUGAUGCAGUCCUUCCGGAAAGCUAUUUUGAUAACAAUCUGAGGGCCUUGUCAGUGGAUAUGGCCGUUUUUAGAGAUUUAAUCAGAAUGCAACUACCUCAAUUAUCAAAACACUUGGAUACUUUACAAGCAAGAGCACGAGACGAAUCAGGAGGCACAGUUUAUGAGCCUCCUUUGACCAAUGUUUUUACAAUGCAAUGGUUUCUAACAAUGUUUGCCACUUGUUUGCCAAAAGAGACAGCGCUAAGGGUUUGGGAUUGUAUUGUUUUAUAUGGAAGCGAGAUACUUUUGAGAACAGGCACCGCCCUCUGGGGGAAAUUGCAAAAUCGUAUAUUAGGAAUUCAGAGCGCUGAUGAAUUCUACACUGCUAUGGGCAGUAUUACUACGGACACGUUGAAUGGUUUAAUAGUCGAUGCUGAUGAUUUGGUUAAGGCAAUAUUUGAUCAGGGUCCAUUGCCUCUUCCUCAAUUAGGAGAAUUACGAGAGAAAUAUACUUUUAAUAUAACGCCAUUUACAGCAUUGGCGACUGGAAAGAAGAAAGGUAAAAAUGCGAGACAUAGCGACGAUGAGGAAAUAGACGAAGAAGAUAUCGCUGAACAAAUCGGCUGUUUUUCUGGUAUGUUUCCAGUUUCGCAUGGACAAGUUCUGGCUAAGCAUAGACCUUUAAAUGAUGCUCAAGCUGACGUCUCUAAGGCAAGUCCAGGAGCAUUUGCAGUAGAGAAAUUACCACAACAUCAAGCUAACAUUGUUAUGGAGAGGACAACGCUGGACGUAACCUUACUUCAAAAACAAUACAAGAAGUUCGCCGAGAGACAAAAACAAGCGAAUGUUAUUAUGAUGGAAGCUGCAUCUGCAAGUCUUGCCUCCAAGGGCAGAACAAAAGCUCAGAAAGUAUUAAAUGUUGAAUCUCCUAUUGCCAUGAAUCAUUUGCUCAUUGGUCAUAAAUCAUCGGCCAUUAGAAAUAAGAAUAAAGCAGUCGCUAUAGCGCCAAAAAUUGCUGAAUUUAAAUCUACUCUGCCUCAGCCAAAAAGACGAAACUCAUCUUCUACAAGUGAAAAAAGCAAAAAUCCUAAUAGUCCUACAAAGGUUGAAAUAUCAAGACAAAAUUCGGCUGAUCCAGAAGAAUAUGUUACAAAACUAACUUAUGAAACUGCCAAAAAGUCUCAUACUAGUGCAGAUAAUUCCAAAUCUCAAAAAAGUAACUUUUCACCGUUUCAAAGUAAAAUUAACAAUCGGGUGGCUAAAAAUGGCAUUAAGUUAGGUUUAUAUUCCCCCGAUUUUAUGUACGUGAUAGAUGAUCAUCACAAGGACGUUCAAAAUGGUGAUGGCGUUAAAAAUAUAACAAGGGCACAAAUUAAUGCCUGUCUGAAUAGGCAAUAUCAAGCUGGCUUGAAAGGACAAAAAUGUGCUAGUCCAAUAUAAUGACGUCUAAUUGAUUUAGUAUAAGUAUAUUACAGCUCCUAUAAAACAGUUUAUCUAUAUGUAUACAUUUGCUCCAGGAUACAUAAAACAAAUUAUAUAUGAUUAAUGUAUCGUUGUUUAAGUUGAAACCUGUACAAACUUUUAAAAAUGGGCUAAAAGAAAUAAAGGAAUAAAAAUAUAAAUAAUAAAUAAAAGCCUAUAAACGUUGUACAAGUAACAACCACUUAAUAUUUAUGAAAAUAUGUUAAAGGUAAUAAAAAAAAAACCAGUUUUAAAUAAAAAAUAAUAAACAUGUUUGAACCAAAUUCCGUUCUAU